AUGAAAGUCAAAACCUCCAAGGAACUUCUUCCUCGUCAAAAUGACUUGCCAGUUCCCAACGCUGUGACUGAGAGGUCCCCACCAUCAGGCCUAUCAGAAAAGCCCACGGUUCCCCAACCAACACCACCAAUACAGGGGCCACGUGUCGCUGCCUCCACUCACCUGCCACCCACUCUGACCCAGCAACAGACAGGUAGCAGAAAGCUCCAGCCAUAGGCGGGCUCCGCGAACUCCUGGUCUCAGAGCUCAGCGGCGACGGAAUCAAAGAGGCCGCUGCUGCCCAAGAAGCAGAAGCGGCUGGCAAGUAGGUGCUGGCUGGUCCACUCCCUGAAGGGCCACGAGGUAGGCUCAUGGGGCGGCGCCGGGCUCUCGGGCUCAGAGGGCGAGCUGCGACGCUGUGCAGUGCAGAAGCUGCCUGAGCUGUUGAAGGAGCGCGAGCUGGCCCUGGGCACACUCAACAAGGUGUUCGCGUCGCAGUGGCUGAACACUAGGCAGGUGGUGUGUGGCACCAAGUGUAACACCCUCUUCGUGGUGGAUGUGCACUCGGGUCAGAUCACGCGGGAUCGGGGGCCCUGGUUGGCCCGGGCUCAGCAGACCUGCGGUAUCCACACCAUUGAGCUGAAUCCCUCCAAGACGCUUCUGGCCACUGGGGGUGAGAAUCCCAACAGCCUGGCUAUCUACCAGCUGCCCACCCUGGACCCCGUGUGCCUGGGCGACCGCCAUGGCCACAAGGACUGGAUUUUCACUAUCGUUUGGAUGAGUGACAUAGUGGCUGUGAGCGGCUCCCGUGACAGCACAGUGGCGCUGUGGCGGAUGGAUCCCGACAUGUUCAAUGGCAGCAUCGCUUGGCACAAUGACGCUGGUCUUCCUGUGUACGCCCACAUCCGUCCGAGGGACAUGGAGACCAUCCCCAGGUCCAGCACCAGCCCCAGUAACCGCAAGGUGCAGGCUCUGGCCUUCAGCGGCAAGAACCAGGAGCUGGGAGCGGUGUCCUUGGACGGCUACUUCCACCUGUGGAAAGCCCGCAGCACUCUGUCCAGGCUGUUGUCCAUCAGGCUGCCUUACUGCCGAGAGAACGUGUGCCUGACCUACUGUGAUGAGUUGUCCCUGUACGCGGUGGGCUCCCAGUCCCAUGUCUCCUUCUUAGAUCCACGCCAACGUCAGCAGAAUAUCCGGCCCCUGUGCUCCCGAGAGGGCGGCACAGGUGUGCGCUCGCUGAGUUUCUACCAGCAUAUCAUCACCGUGGGCACAGGCCAUGGCUCCCUGCUCUUCUAUGACAUCCGCGCCCAGAAGUUCCUGGAGGAGAGGGCCUCAACCAGCCCGGAUGCCUCUCCUGGGCCCUCAGGAAGGAAGCUCAAACUCACCUGUGGCAGAGGCUGGCUCAACCACGAUGACCUGUGGGUGAACUACUUUGGUGGGAUUGGCGAGUUCCCCAAUGCGCUCUACACCCACUGCUACAACUGGCCAGAGAUGAAGCUCUUCGUGGCUGGGGGACCUCUCCCUUCAGGCCUCCAUGGGAACGACGCAGGACUCUGGAGCUAA